AUGGCUCAGAGAAACAUUAUUUGUUCAGUGCAUUACAAUGGUGUUAUCAGUAACGAUCUAACCAACGGUUUUUCGUUUAGUAAUACCGAAACAAAACGUUUCAAAGUGCAUUGUAGAGCCGAUUUUAAGCAUUUAAAGGAACGGAUCGAAACAAAAUUGCAACUUCCUGUAAGUGAAAUUAUUUAUCGACUUCCGUUGUUUAAUGGAGAAAGCGGUAUCAUUUUUUACGUCAUGAAACCAAUAGAGGACGACGAUGGCGUUAAAGUGAUGUUCGAAUGUCACAAUUCGUUUGCUCCUCUUGACGAUAUGGAGCUAUAUGUUCAUAUUGUUAGUCCUCCCAUUAACCAAUCGCAAGAGUCUCAUUCGCAUCAAUACGGUUUGAGCCAACCCACUGAUGAAGAGCCAACCCAAAACAACGAACCAUUUAUACCCGACGAACAGGUGGACGAGUACAGUGAGGAUGAAAUACAAGAAGUGCAAUAUGAAGAUCUUUUUGGUGAUGACAAUGAACCUGAUGAUGUUGAGCCGUCGCAGCCUACACUUGCACGACCGAUUAGCAUGUACGCCCCACCGGAUCACAUGCGAAAUAUUUGUUUAGAAGAGGCACCGUCUGAAUCAAUUUUUGGUUCCCACAUAACAAACUAUAGUGAUGUUGAUUUAUAUGAGGGAAUGGAGUUUGAAGACAAGGAGGAGUGCGUUGCUGCUAUUCAACAUUGGCAUAUCACCAAUAAUCUUGAUUAUUGGGUAUACAAAUCUGACACGAAAAGAUAUGUCAUCAAAUGCAAAAAUCCAACUUGCAAAUUCAAAUGUAGAGCAUCCGUUCGCAAGAAGAAUUCUAAGUGGAUGAUAGGUAAGUUGAGUGGACCACAUGUCUGCACAACCACUUCAAUGUCGCAAGAUCAUAGACAACUUACAUCAGAUAUUGUCUCUCACUGCAUCAGAGAUUUGGUUAACACCGACCCCUCAAUUAAGGUAAAGCUCAUAAUUUCUCAUAUAACAGGAAAGUAUGGUUAUAAUAUAUCUUACAGGAAAGCGUGGAUUGCAAAGGUAAAGGCCAUAGAAUCCUUGUAUGGAAACUGA